AAGACAAGACGAGCAGAAACCAACUUCUGUCAGUGGAAAAUUUACAGAUCACUGUUCAGACACAAAGAAGACAUCGCAACAGCGAAAACAAUGAUUUCCCUGUACGUGAUCUUCACGGCUCUGACAACAACAGCUCUGGGAAAAGGGUCGAUUGAAUGCAAUUUCUCUGAACGCUCUGGAGCUCAGCAGUGUUUUGGAGCCGUUGGACAGCUGUUGAUUUUUCAUUUGCCAAAUGCAACAAAUACAGAGGUUAAAUUGACAAAGGAUGAUAAAUAUCUUAUUUUAAAAAUAGUCAAAAAUCAGACAGUGACUCUGCACGAGGAAUAUGCAAAUCAGUUUGAACGCUUCACCAAUGGAACAAUCAAACUAGGUAAAGCAAUGAAGAGAGACUCUGGAGAUUACCUGUUGGAAGAAUUUGGAUCUAACGGUGUUUCACUGAAAAAAGUGAAAGUCCAUCUGGAAAUACAAGCUCCAGUUUUAAAGCCAGCUGUGUCUCAGAUGUGUUUGUCACAAGAAGAGAUGAACAUCAGCUGCUCCUCUGAGGGAGAUGGAGUAGAGUUCAUUUUGACUUUGGAUGGUCACUCACUGAUACAGAGCAGAGGCCACAGCCAUUCCCCAAGCAACUGGACAGCAAACAUGCAGUCAGUAGCUGGGAAUAAAACUGAACUCAGAGUUUCAAAUGUUACCAUGAGCUUGCAAGGUCAGCUGACAGGACUCUUGCGGUGUAUUGUUUGGAACAAUGUCAGCCGAGAUGAAACAGUUAUUCACCUACAAAGCUGCAAAGAUUUUGUUUCUUCCUCUGUGAUGUUGGCUGUGGUAGCUGGUGCUGUCACUCUCCUUCUCCUUGUGGCUCUGUGUCUUUGUAAAAUGCAUAACAAACCAAGACCCACAACUGUAAUUAAUGAGGGUAACUCUGAAGAUGAGGUUGUCUACACAGAAGUUAGAGUGAUAAAAAAUACAAGGAAAACCAGAUCCAACUCACACCUGAAUGCAAGAUAAUUUUUAUCCCUAAAACAUUAUUAAGCAUUAUUAAAGGUUCAGCGCAUAAUAUUUCUGAGGAUCUAUCAACAGAAAUGCAAUUUAUGAACCAUAACUAUGUUUUCAGUGGUGUGUAAAGACCUUACAUAAUAAACCGUUAUGUUUU